ACUAAAGAUGUACGUAGGGCUAGGGAGACUAUUAUAGGUAUACCUUUAGGAUCUUUAGUUAUGGAUGUUAUGAAUUUUAUCAUAAAAUCACUGUUUGCAACAUUAAAACAUUCAAACGAUCCCGAUUAUUGUUGUGUUUAUUUUGAGUUUUAUUAGACGGAAAAGGUUGAAUUAGUGUAUAUUUUAUUGAAAAUAAAAUAAUGGAUCCAGCGCUGUUACGUGAACGUGAGCUGUUUAAAAAACGUUCACUUGCUACCCCAACGGUAGAAAAAAAGAAAAGAGAUCGUGAACGAGAAACAACACGCGAUGAUGGAUCAGGAAAAAAACAAAAAGUAUCCUCGUCGUCGAGUGGCCCAAAAGCUGAGUCUACAAGUUAUAAAACUAUGGCAGGUAGUUCACAGUAUAAAUUUGGUGUAUUGGCUAAAAUAGUUAAACAUAUGAAAGCAAGACAUCAAGAUGGUGAUGAUCAUCCACUUGCUCUUGAAGAAAUUUUAGAUGAAACAAAUCAACUUGACGUUGGAACUAAAGUAAAACAAUGGUUACAAACAGAAGCAUUAAUUCAAAAUCCUAAAAUUGAGACAACACCUGAUAAUCGAUUUAGUUUUAAACCCAUGUACAAAAUAAAAGAUAAAAAAUCAUUGUUGAGGCUACUUAAGCAGCAUGAUUUAAAAGGACUUGGUGGUAUUUUAUUGGACGAUAUUCAAGAGAGUUUACCCCACUGUGAUAAACAUCUCAAAAAUUUACAAAACGAUAUAUUAUUUAUACAUCGUCCAUUGGAUAAGAAAAAAAUAGUAUUUUAUAAUGACAAAGGAACAACCAUGCAAAUAGACGAUGAAUUUCAAAAAUUAUGGCGUGCUGUUGCCGUUGAUGCUAUGGAUGAUCAAAAAAUAGACGAGUAUCUUGAAAAACAAGGUAUCAGAUCUAUGCAAGAUCACGGGCCAAAGAAAACUGCACCUAUGAAACGAAAAAAACCAAACAAUAAACGAAAGCAAUUGAAAAAACCACGUGAUAAUGAACAUUUGGCUGAUGUUCUAGAGACAUAUGAUGAUAAGUAACAUUUUAUUUUAUUACGUUAAUAAUUUAUAUAUUAUAAUUAUAAGUACAAAAUAAAUAUUAAUAAUAAUAAUAACAACAACAACGAUG